AUGACAGACAAUCACGGGAUCAAAGAGCGACCUCCCAAGCGGUCUCUUACACCUAACAAGGCCCUCUAUGCUUCAUUCAACGAAGCUCAUCGACACAUUGCUCCCCCGACUCCCGAGAUUCCUAUUGAGUUCGACGGACAUCUAGGCGAUGAAGAGCAGCUCACAGAGGAGCAAGUCGAAGACAUUUUAAGUGCCUCUAACGAAUCCUCUGCCAAGUCUCAAGACUCCAAGGAUCAGAAAGUACCGAAGAACUUAGAGCUACUUGCCGAACCGGAUGCAUCUGGCCACCAGCACAAGUUCGACAAGCAAGCUUCGCCUUCUGCUGUCGAGUCCCAAAUUCAGACGAACGACCAUGACCGUCAAGGAUCUGCCUCUCCAGACCUGUCGGAUGGUGACAAUGCCUUCAUAGACUGUUCUCAUUCGUCCUUUCAGGAGUCCAAGGAGCAGCAUGACCGACCAGAUUCUAUCGAUGAUCCUUUCAACAGCCAGCAUGCCGCCACUGAGUACCCAGAUGCUUCCUCAUUCUACCCAGAGGAUGGUGAUGACUUCAGUCUAGCCUCCACCGAUACCGAUUCAAUGAACAUAAUCAAGGUUGAGCCAAAGUCUUCGCCUGUUUUGGCCUCUUCCCCUAUUCUUUCUCCUCCAGUUGCAGCAAGUCCAUCAUGGCACACCGAGGAAGCGGACCAGUCUUCCCACAUUGACGACGUCGUCAAGAAAGAGACCCCCUCUGGCUAUUUCAACACUACUCACCUUUCUGGCUUGAACGGAACCCAAUACCCCAUCUUUCUUGAUCACGAAGCUUUACAGCCAGGCAACCAGAGCAGCCACUUCCCUAUCUUCAUCGAUCGUGGUGCAUUUCCCCCUUUCUCAAUCUCUACUGACCAGCCUGUUCCCACAAUUGAGCAAGCACCUCAGUCUGAUUCCAACUACGAUGGGGACGCUUCUGAGUAUUCUGACGACAAGAUCACCUGCCAGGACAAAGGGAAGGCUCCAGUCAAGUUGUUGAACCCCUUUCAUGCCUUCUCCAAUGCAUCUUCUCAAGCUUCGGAUCACAAUGUUGAGCAGUCUGAGCCUGGCAAAGAGAAGGUCUUUCUACGCCCCCAUGUUGAGAAGGAAGUUUCUCGUGCUCUUCAACACGUCACUGGACUCAGCCAGCCAUCCAGUGGUCUCAUCGGCCGUGUUCGCCAAUCGCAUCUCCAGAGUUCACAUCAGUCACCUUAUCACAGCAACUCUGAUCAGCAAAAGAACGACUUCUACCAUGCACCAGCUAUUCAGCCUAACUGGCAGAUCACACAAUCCGGCAUCAAGGUCCCUGUCCCUGUUCCUGCCCCUUACACUGGAGAUGAGAUUACCAUGCAAGCAACACAGCCCUACAACGCCAUCAAUCACACGCGAAUGGCUACAAUUGCCUCAGAGGACGCAGAAGAGCGCACUGGAUUAGAGGGAGAUAAAGACUGGCAAACUAUCACUGAUGACCGCGAGUACCCUACUGGCUUUAUGGGCAGAGUCAUGACUGGUAGCAGCAUUGCCAACGUCUCAGAUGCACUUUUGGUACAACAUCAACAACAGAAUUCUAUCGCCCAUCACAAUAUUUCUAACAAAGGCCGAGAACCCUCCACCACCAGAGCCAGAGCAUGGUGGGAGAAAUCUACUCCUCUACUGUCAAUCCCGUCUUGUUCCGCCUCUCCUUCCUACCCAUCACCUCCUGCGUGCGCAUUGCAGAAUAGACGGCGAAUACAAGGUGACUGGGAUGAGAUCGAGCUUGGCCCUAUGCCAGCUCCCUACCCAGACUUCUCUUGGGAUCGUGUCCGAAACAACCGAGCACAGGAUGACGAAGAGGCAGCACAGCCCAGUCGCAACGAGUUCGCUAAUCUGCCCUUCCCCUUGGUCCCCCGUGAGGACGCGGCCAGGACUCAAGCUUUCCGUCGCGCCAGUGGCCUCGAGGACCAUACUCUCUCCGGACAAAUCGUCUCCCCUGGCCUGCCUUCUUCCUCAAACGGCGGUAGCCACGUCUACCCUCGCCCUGCCUUGAGAAAGAACUCUGCCAGAUCCUUCUUCUCCCGCACUGAGAACCAAGGCAUCGAUCGCCGCACUAUCUUCAUUGAUCGCCAACAACACCCAUUUGGGUGGCCGACCCGCGAGUACUUCCCAACCCAGUACUCGUCGGUGUCGCGCCCCCAAACCGCCGACCAGGCGAGGGCGAGGAAGAGGAUCUCCGUCCCCAGCAAGAUAGCAACCGCCAGCCAUCAAGCUGCGGCGGAGGCCCUCGCCAUCGACCAGUCUGCGGGCUGCCGGGCCUCUCCCCACCUCUACUCCUCAGAGGUGAUGGAGAGGUACCGUGCUCUCAGGGCCGUCCGUCAACUCGGCGGUCGAGGCACGGAUACCGAGCUCGCGGACAUGGCGGCCACCGUCCGGGACCAAACCCCCCUCCCGAGGGGUGCGGUCUGCCGCCAGGCGGUCUUCUACUACGCGGUGAUGGGGGCGACCCUGUUGCUGCCAUUCGUGGGGGCCGUCACCCUCGUCUGGUCGUGGGAUCGGGUGUUGGCGGGCCUCACCGGUGGAGAGUGCACCGGCCUCUCCUUUCACCAAAGACGCAACCUGCGCAUCAUGCUGCUAGUCGGCAUGGCGUUGUGGGUUGCGGCUUUCGUGGGGGGAUUGGUCGCGUUCCUCUCUCUGCGCGGUUGAGCGCCGAAGUGUGUCCGGUUGUUUUUUUUGUGCUUUUUUUUCGUUUUUGUUUUUGUACGAGUAUACUACGACACCACGAGAAGUGGGGGGUCCCUGCCUACGGGCACACCCAGUUACGCCAACGUUUUCUGCGGUUUUGUUUUUGGGGGGCACGCAAGAAAGGAGAGAUGGAGG